AUGCCUCUCUAUACGAAUAGACCUUGUAGUUGCAGUCUUGAGGCCCCAGAGGAAAAAUACUGGUUGCGUUUGGGCACGGGGCCGUCCAUUGCUUUUAUUUACUUUGCUUUGUGUGGGGCGCCUGCAGUCCCCAAACCCUGCCUCCCACAAGGCAGGUGCUCAAAGUGCGUGCAGGGACAUGCGCAGGCCUCUGUGCACGGUGAUGUAAUGGGCCAUUCUAUUGUUCUAUUUCGGCGGGGUGUGUCUGCACGCGCGCUUCACCCGGCGGCACAUGGAUUUGCAUUACAUCCUUGUCGAGACCCAUCUUCUCCAUUGUGCGCCCAAACAUUUGCGGGCGAUAAGCCCCAGGGCUAUAUCCAGAGCCAUGCUGCUGUAUUCCUAUAUGCGCCAUCUGCCACGAAAAACUGCUCUGUCUGGUUCGGUCCCACCUCACAUGGACGUAGCCAAGUUGCUUUCUUUUUCUUUUUUUUUUUUUUUUUUUUUUUUUUUUUUUUUGAUGUGUUUCUUUCGGCUUUCCGUCAGCCCGCCGCUGCACGGAUUGCAUAA